UCUUUCAAAUUCAAAAGAGUCUCCAAUGUGAUUUGAUCCAAUUAAUCACCGUUAAUCUUAAUUGUUUACUGUUGAUUUUUCUCCUCUUUUUAAUCACCAUGAGUUUUAAUCCUUUUAUUCCUUCUUUACAUGGAAAUCCCAAUUUCAAUCCAGUUAAAGUGGGGAAAAAAGUACCUGAUGAAUCGAAGGUAACAAAAUUGGAAAACAAGGUGAUAAGAUCAACGUCCAAAUCUCUUCUGAUGUCCAACUCUCGUUAUCCACGGAAAGGGUUACAAUCAGCUCAGAAUGAUGGGAAAGUGUCAAUUCAAAGUGUCGAGGAAGAUAAAGGAAAAGAAAAAGAGAAAGAUAAAGAUAAAGAUAAAGAUGAAGGUGAAGAUGAAAAUGAUGAAGUUUCGCUUAAAGAUCUCGCUUUUGCCCGAUUCAAACAGAAUCAUAAGUUAAUCAAUGAGAUUUUUAGUGACACUGUAGUUCCUGAUUUACGAUCGGUUGUAACAACGGGAAAGAUGACAACUUUAAAGAAUCACGUGCAAGUUUUGAUCAACCAUCAUAAAAGAUUACAAGCCGAAAUCCAGAGUAUUGAAGAUAAACAUGAGGCAAAGAAGAUGAAAUUCUUGAAUCUGUAGACAAAGAAAGUUAAUUUUCUAACAUUGAUUAUGUGUAAAAAUUAUUCCAAGACAAAAUGUAAGAUCAAGAAAAUUUGAGCUUCAUUAAAGGUGAAAAACUGUAA